AUGGCCCGGUGGCAGCUCGUCGACAACCGCACAUUCAGGUUCUUGGCCGCCCUAUCGGCGCACUUUCCUGCCGACCAGGCCCACCACCUCGACCUCACGUAUGCCUCGCCUCUUGCCACCACACUUCCUCCUGACAAACGGAAGAUGAAAGAGGAUGCCAACAAAACCAAAUGGAGGCACGUGUCGCACGAGGUGCUGAUCACGACGGCCUGCCGGUGGCACAACAUCACCAGCAUCGAUGCCUCCGAGUCAAGGGUGGACGAGGAGUUCCUGGUGAAGCUGGGGAAGAGCCCAGCCGCCGCCACGCUCCACACGCUCAAUCUCCACAUGUGCUCCUACAUCGACACGCAGAGCCUGGAGCACCUGCGCUUGACGGUGGGGAUGAGUGGCAGUAUCAAGCAACAUGUCUACGACGUCGUGGCCGCGGCCUGCCCACAACUCCAGAGCCUCAGCGUCUCGUCGAGCAACCUGCGCCCGUGGACUGCCGACGCCAUCGCGCGUCUGCCCAGCCUGACCAGCAUUCACUCCGACACGGUCUCGUUCGCCGAGCUGGCUCGGCUGUUCGACUCCGGGCUCCUGCAGCGCUUCACCACCGUCUCGGCCUGCUACUGGGACUCGCUGCCCAGCCCGGCCCAGUUGGGAGCCAUCCUGGCUGGCUGCCCCAAGCUCGAGUCCGUACCUCGGCUGUCGAUGCCCGGCGUCGAACGACUCAUCAGUCGCCCCACCGCCGCCAUGUAUUCACCGACCAAUGAGCUGCAGAUCGAGAACGUGGUCCUACUUGCGUGCUUCCCGCGGCUGCGGCGACUGGAGCAGGUCAGCAGCACGCCUGUGUGGUACUCGUUCGGUGAGCUCUGCGCGGGCCUCCACGGCCUGGACCACCUCGAGGCGCUCCAGCUGGAGUAUACCAGCUGCGACGACCAGGCAUCGGUGACCAACUGCACCCGUGGGCUUUGUGGGCUCACCGAACUGACCCUCAAUCAGUGCCGGCUGUCGGUGGACUUGAUCGAGGCGCUCGCCUCGCACCUGAAUCGCCUCGAGUCGCUCGAGCUCAACGUGUGGCGCUCGCUCCGUCGCCUGACUCUCACGGGCUUCUUCGUGCGGCGCGACCCGUACCGCAGCUUCGAACAGGCCGGCGACGCUGAUGAAGUGGUGCGUCUGCACCACCCGAUGCUCGAGGAGCUCUCACUCGACCAGACCGAGAUGGGCGAAGCGCCCCUCUACUCGCUGGACUGCCCCGCCCUGCGCACCUGCCAUCUAGUCGGCGCAGAGCUCGGCGUCGAGCGGGCCGUGGCCGGCCUGUGCACGGGCUCGCCCCGGCUCGAGUGCCUGACCCUGGGAGUCGAUGCCCUGUGGUCCUCGGGGGCCUGGGCGGCCAGCGCCGUCCUCCAGCUGCUCGACGCCUGCCCACUGCUCACCACUCUCCGGCUCGAGUCGCGCACCGAGGCCGAGCCCGAAGGCCUGUACCAGCCCGAGUACCAGCCGCCCACAGCCACCGCCGUCGACAAGCCGCCGCCGCUGCAAGGAGUGCGAGGUGUGUGCAACCUGCAGUCGCUGUCGGUCAGAGGCUUCCGAGGCCGCGCGACAGAUAGCGGGCCGUGGUCGCUUGACAAGGCGCUGAGCCGGUGCACCCGCCUAGCAUCGCUCACGAUCGAGUCGUGCCAGGGCCUGGCCGGCGUUGGCCUCAGGCGGCUGGCCGACCCCGCCGCCAGCAUGCAAAGCCUCGAGCUGCGCGAGUUGCGCUUCGCCACUCCCGCGGCCGAGGUGGACGCCAGGCUCAUCUUAGCACUGAGUGGCCUUCAAGUUCUCCACCUGGACGCGCCGCUGGGCAGCUGGGAGACAUACAUCGCCUUCGACGGCCUACGAUGGCUGCGCUCGCUGGUCCUCACCGUCAGCCGGUGGCCCGCGCGCGUUGUGAUCCGCAACCUACCGCUGCUUCGCCACGCGCAGGUGAGCUCGGAGCAGUGCUAUUGGACGCCGAGGCCCGAGAGACAGAAGCCGGGAGCGCUGUCGCUGCUAGUGGAGAACUGCCCAGUGCUCAAGUGUUUGGUGCUGUCGGGCCGAGCGCCGUGCCAAGUUCAGUUCGAGGAGGGCUGCUUCGGUGGCUGCCCGGCGCGUCCGAGUAUCCCGCCAGCCUGGGACACGUGUGACACCGACCGCGCCCUGCUUGGAAAGGAGCCCUGA